AUGACUCAUCACAACUUCCUUACUUUCUGUCUUUCUCUUUCUGCUCUCAAUUCAACUUACUCUUCUACCAAAACUUGUUCUCUUUACAGUUCAUAUUCUCCAUUACCAAAACUCUUUUUUACAAUUGUUAUUCUCUUAUACCAAUUCUGUUUCACUUUAAAGUUCCUAUUUCCCAUCAUCAUUAAUAUUUCUCUUUCCAUUUGCAAUACUUAUUUUGUUUACCAAUUCUUUUUCUCUUUAUAUUUUCUAUUCUCCCAUACCAUUUCUCUUUCUCUUCCCAGUUCCUCUUCUCCAUUGCCAUUUUCACUUCUAUUUCACUUCAUGUUCUUUUUUCUUCCUUACCAAUACUUUAUCUCUUUACAGUUCCUAUUCUCCUUCACAUUACCAUUUCUCUUUCAUUUGCAAUUCUUAUUCUUUCUUACCAAAUCUCUUUCUCUAUACAAUCCCUAUUUUUCAUUGCCAUUACCAAUUCUCUUUCCUUUUAUAGUUCUUAUGUUCCCAUACCAAUUUCCUUCUUUUCUUCUUUUUCUUUCUUUUUCUCUGUACAGUUCCUAUUUUCUGUUACCAUUACCAAUUCUCUUUCACUUACAUUUCUUUUUCUCCCUUACUAAUACUAUUUCUCUGUACAGUUCCUAUUUUCUAUUACCAUUACCAAUUCUCUUUCACUUUCAUUUCUUUUCUACCUUACCAAUGUUCUUUCUUUUUACUGUUAGUAUUUUCCAUUAUUGCACUUUUUGUUGCAUUUCUUUUUCAUCUUUACAAUCUCUUUUCUCUUUCCAGUUCUAUUUCUGCUGCCUAUUUACUAAACCACAUCUAGUAGGUUACUUUCUGUUUGCCUCUUCCUACUCUUACCUUCAUUAUAAAUACUUAUUCUUCACAUGCAGCCUGUUUUUUCACAGUAGUGGUUGCAGAUUAUGUGAAUAA